UGUUUUGGCGCUGAGCGGAGGGGGGGCUUUUGUUGGAGCCGUAGAGACACACAGCAAUAGCUCGAAUUAAAUAUAUGGCAGACAAAUUUCCCCCCGAUCUGCAUCCUGCUAAAAAAAGAGAAAAGAUAGAGAGAGAGAAACGGGGCCUCUCCAAAAAAUUUCCGGCAUGGGGAUCGAGACUGGACUGAGCUAACUCCGUUUACCUACAGCGGAAUAUAGAAACGUGGAGUGUUUUAUUCAAACCCUUUGUGUGUGUCUAUAUAUAUAUAUAUAUAUAUAACACACACACAUAUAUAUAAAUACAUAUAUAUUGCUAUAUAUAUUUAUAUAUAUAGAAUUAUAUUUAUGUUCCCUGCACCCGGAGUCACACUAUUUGCUGUAUUUGUUUAGGAUGGAACACGCUGAAGGCCCUGUAAGAAAAAGGGAAACUUAAAGGAUGCUGGAGCAGAACAAUGGAUUUCUCCUUCUCUUUCAUGCAAGGGAUCAUGGGAAACACAAUUCAGCAACCCCCUCAGCUCAUUGACUCGGCUAACAUCAGACAGGAUGACGUGUACGAUGCCAUCAGUGACCCAGGGGACGAGGGUGGACCCCCGACGUACGAAUCUCCGCUGGAGUCUGGUUUCUCCUACCCUCCUGAAGACCCCCCGGUGGUCGCCAACGGUUAUCCGACGGGGAUCGGCAGCUACGAGCAUCAGGCGAAGUUCGCUUUGUACACGCAGUACCCCAAUGGCUCUGCUAACGGCUACGGCGCCAUCCGUAACUACGGCGACCACGGCUUGCUGCUGGGUGAGGGGACGGUGUUGAGGACGCCGGUGGUCCAGGAAAAGCCUUCAUCUCACAUUUCUUCUCCCCCUGCUCCUUCCCACUCUCACCUUCAUCACCAGCCUCAUCCUCCUGCUCCCCCUCACCCCCACCAUCAGCAUCAGCACCAACAGCAGCAUCAGCACCACCACCCCCCUCCCAACCCUCCGCUGUUACCUCAGCACCAUCAUCAUCCUCAUCCUCCUCCGUCUUCUCAUCUCCUCCCCCCAGUGUUCACUCCUCCUCCUCCUCCUCUCCUCCUUCCCACCUCUCCUCCUCCGCCUCCUCAGCCCGUCCAGGACGGCGCUGCCACCUCCAACCCCCUCACGCACGCCAUAGUGCCGAAAAAGACUGAGAAAAGCUCCCCGGAGAUCAAGAUCAAGAUCAUAAAGACGUACCAGAAUGGCCGGGAGCUCUUUGAGUCGUCGCUCUGCGGGGACCUGCUGCAGGAGUUUCAGGCCACUCAGGCCUCCAGGAGGAGGCACGAGCAGAAGAAGGAGAAGAGAAAAAAGCGAAGCGGACGCCACGUCCCCACAGCCGAGCUGCCUGAGCAGGCCGGUCAGGAAAAAACUGACCAAACCCCCGGCCCUGCCCAGCCCAGCGAAGGCCAGCCUGCAGCGCAGGAGCAACAGACUGCAGCCGGCCUCAAAAACCCCAAAGCAGAACCCAAGGAACACAAGGUGGAGAAGCAUUUCCCCUCGGUCAUCACCAGCACAGGAGUCUGUGUAGAGUAUGAGAUUGGAGACCUGGUGUGGGCUAAAGUGGGGACGUAUCCAUGGUGGCCGUGCAUGGUCUCCUCUGACCCUCAGCUGAAGGUCCACACGCGCAUCAACACCAGAGGUCAUAGGGAGUACCAUGUGCAGUUCUUUGGCAGCGUGGCGGAGCGAGCGUGGAUCCACGAGAGGAGGAUAGUGGUGUAUAAGGGAGAGAACCAGUUUGAGGAGCUUCAGGCAGAAACGUUACGGAAAACCACCAAUCCAACAGAGAGACAGAAGCUGCUGAAGCCUCAGUCUCAGCGUGAGCGCGCUCAGUGGGAAGUGGGCGUCGGCCACGCAGAGGCAGCCCUGCUGAUGACUCGUGAGGAACGCAAUGAGAAUUACACUUUCAUUUACAUCGACAAACAGCCCUGCGAUGAGCCUGAACCCGUCACCUCCCCCACCACCAAAACCAGAAAGACCGCCCGACCUGAGCGCAGACUCCGGCGCUCCAGGAGCGUGAGGAAGGAGGUGUUACCACGGCGGCAGCAGCCGCGCCGCCAGUGCAGCAUCACCAGCGCUGAGGAGCACAGCUCUCCGAACCGGGAUGAGGAGGACACGGACCUCAGCCCUGCGGGUCAGUCUCCUAGUCCUGAAGAAUCUCAGCCGAGCCCCCGAAAGCCCUCCCCUCCUCCGGUCCGGACACCCUGGAGAACCGCGGCUGCUCGAAAGCUGCUUCCUCUUUCCAUCACCAUGAAGAAGCUGAAUGUGGAGAUCAUUAAAUGCGACUGGCAGCUUCCCAAAGUGAAGGUGGAGCCGCCGCCCAAGCAGGUGGAGAGAGAGGAGAGAGCGAGAGACCAGGCUCGGUCUCCUGAGGGCUCGAGUGAUAAAGCAGAGGCUGAGACGUGCUCCAGCGAGGAAGAACGAGCGGCUUCACCUACAACCUGGAGCGACCCAGAAAGCGGGGAGCACACUUCAAAAGAAGCGAUGGAGAGGAAGCAGCAGCGCCGGUGUGUGCGCAGCCGCUCAGAGUCAGAGAAGAGUGUAGAACCCGUUCCAAAGAAGAAGGUGAAGAAAGAACAGGCGGAAACUGCACCUCAGAUGGACUUUAAGACGGGAUCGCAAAAAGGGGCGAGUGAGAUCUCAGAUUCGUGUAAGCCACUGAAGAAACGCAGCCGGGCCUCUACGGAUGUGGAGAUGGCCAGCUCUCUGUACAGAGACACAUCUGACUCUGACUCCAGAGGACUCAACGACCCACAGAGUGGCUUUGGGAAGCGCUCAGACAGUCCUGCUACAGUGGACGCUGAUGGCUCUGACGCUCAGUCAGUUGACUCUAAUGUCUCACGGCAGGGCAGCAGCUCCUCUAAGAAGGACCUGGUGUGUCAGGUGUGUGAGACGUUUGGGGAUUCCCUGCUGAGCUGUGAGGGCGACUGUAACAGAUUGUUUCACCCUGAGUGUCUGGCCUCCGCUGGGGGGACGGAGGGAGAGGCCAUCUGCACUGAGUGCAGGACAGGUUCCCACCCCUGUUUCUCCUGUAAAGUCGCUGAAGGAGAUAUAAAGCGCUGUUCGGUAAACGGAUGUGGUCGCUACUACCAUGAGACGUGUGCUCGUAAAUACCCGGGCAGCGCCGCUGAGCCCAGAGGACUGCGCUGCCCUCAGCACAGCUGCGCCACCUGCUGUCUGGAGAGAGACCUGCACAAGGCCAACAAAGGCCGAAUGAUGCGCUGUAUCCGCUGUCCCGUGGCGUACCACACUGGAGACGCCUGCAUCGCGGCAGGCAGUGUGGUCAUCACACCUCACGUCAUCAUCUGCAGCAACCACUCGAGCGCUCGGAGAAAUGGCCACUUGUCCUCGCCUGUAAACGUAGGCUGGUGUUUCAUUUGUGCCCGAGGGCUCUUAGUGCACGACCACACUGACACCGUUUUAAGUUCUUAUACCUUUAAGUCUCACUACCUUCUGACUGAGUCAAAUCGUGCUGAGUUGAUGAAAUUACCUAUGAUUCCUUCUUCUUCGUCAGCUACCAAAAAGAAUAUCGGAAAAGGAGGAAGGCUGCUGUGCUGUGAAGCGUGUCCCGCCUCGUUUCACCCCUCAUGCCUGAACAUUGAGAUGCCGGAGGGAGUCUGGCUGUGCAGUGAGUGCAGAUCAGGAAAGAAACCUCAUUACAAACAGAUCGUCUGGGUCAAACUGGGCAACUACAGGUGGUGGCCCGCCGAAAUCUGUAACCCUCGCCUGGUUCCGUCCAACAUCCAGAGUCUGAAGCACGACAUCGGAGAUUUCCCUGUUUUCUUCUUCGGGUCCCACGACUAUUACUGGAUCCACCAGGGCAGAGUGUUCCCUUAUGUGGAGAGUGACAAGAACUUUGCUGAGGGACAAGUCGGGAUUAACAAGACUUUUAAGAAAGCUCUGGAGGAGGCAGCGAGGAGAUUCCAGGAGCUGAAGGCUCAGCGCGAGACGAAAGAGGCUUUAGAACAGGAGCGCAACUCCCGCAGACCCCCACCAUAUAAACUCAUCAAGUUCAAUAAGCCUGUGGGGAAGGUGCAGGUGCACGUGGCCGAUCUUUCAGAGAUCCCGCGCUGUAACUGCCGGCCGACGGACGAGCGGCCGUGCGGUCAGGACUCUCAGUGUUUGAACCGCAUGCUGCAGUACGAGUGCCACCCGCAGGUGUGUCCAGCCGGAGAACGCUGCCUCAACCAGAGCUUCUCCAAACGCAUCUACACCGACACUGAGGUCAUCAAGACCAGCGGCCGCGGCUGGGGUCUCAAAACCAAACAGGACCUGAAGAAGGGAGAUUUUGUGAUGGAGUAUGUUGGAGAACUGAUUGAUUUGGAAGAGUGUCGUCAGCGGAUAAGCCACGCAAACAAGAAUCAUGUGACAAACUUUUACAUGCUGACCCUCACCAAGGACCGUGUGAUUGACGCUGGACCCAAAGGAAAUCUCUCUCGCUUCAUGAACCACAGCUGCAGCCCAAACUGUGAGACGCAGAAGUGGACGGUGAACGGGGACAUUCGCAUCGGACUCUUCACGCUGUGUGACAUCACAGCAGACACUGAGCUGACGUUUAAUUAUAAUCUGGACUGUCUGGGGAAUGGGAGAACAUCGUGUCACUGUGGAGCAGAGAACUGCAGCGGUUUCCUCGGAGUUCGGCCCAAGAGUGUAGUGGUGAUGGAGAAGGAGGAGAAGGUGAAGAAUUCAAAGCUGAAGACUAAGAAGCGUAAGCUGAAGCUGGAGAGCAGGCAGACCCACGAGUAUUACUGCUACUGCUGCGGUGAAGGUGGAGAGCUGGUCAUGUGUGACAAGAAAGACUGUCCUAAAGCCUAUCACCUGCUCUGCCUCAACCUCACCAAGCCUCCAUACGGUCGUUGGGAGUGCCCGUGGCACCAGUGCAGCGUGUGCCAGCGCCCCGCCUCCACCUUUUGCCACUUCUGCCCCACCUCCUUUUGCCGCGAACACGAGGCUGGGCAGCUGGUGCUUUCGGCCCAGGACAGUCGACCAUGCUGCCCGAAACACGACCCGUCUCAGACCGGCCGGGCCAGAGUGAAGAAGGAACAACCGGAACCAGGGGAGGAGGAGGGAGAAGGGGAGGAAGAGGAGGAGGAGGAGGAAGAGGGAGCGGCGGGAUGCGGAGGAAAAAAUGGAGAGCGAGGUGGAGAUGCGGGGGGCGAGUGACUGGAGGGAAAAAAGGCGAAACUGAAAACCAAACCUGGUGACUGGAACUGAAAUACGAGGUCCUCCAGAGCAGCCAGGUGUGGGCGCUGUGGCGUUGAAAAAGUGUUAUUUGUUAUUCAUUCCAGGUCUGGAGCAGCUGGUGAGCUUUUUGAGCCACAAAAAGUCACUUCACUUCUUCAGAAACAGUACGGUAGUCAGGCAGUCACCAUGGGGGGAAAAAAUCACAGCAAACCGUCACUUUACUGAUGUUUUCAACCCCUUCCGGAAGCCGCGGAGGCUUUUUAACGCAUUUCAUUCUCUGUACGGUACCCGCAACACACUCCAGAACUUGAUUUUAUGUACCUCAUGUAAAUAGAAAGGAUUCGUAUGAGACAUGUAGGUCAUCGGAAGGAUUUCGCUGCGUAAUAUCGACUAUUGGUGGUACCUUAUGAAAGAAAAGAAAUGAAAAGGAAAAACAAAACAAAAGCAGUCACUGGACAGCCUGUGGCUGAGGUUUGGUCACGUGCUGCCACUUCAUACCUGUGUGUUUGUGAUUUGUAAGAUAUAUAUCAUUAUUAAUAUAUUUAUGACUAUGUUUACAUCCACUCACAAGUGUACAGUAUUGUUCAUUGGUAUUAGUGACUUUGAUAUCACUAUUCUUAAUGUUGUAUAUGUGCCCUAUGAUUAACCCUACUCCAUCGCUUGGCCUUUUUGUUGUCUUUUUGCCUCACUCUUUUUCGUACAGGACUGUAAAUUCAGACGCCGGGAAUUAGGAGCUACGUGAUCUACGGCGACUUGACAUGCGUAGAAAAUCACAGCUAGCACUUAGCAUUUUCACCUCUUUGCCUGAGACGCGAGGUUUCCUCAGUGUUAUUACCAGCUUGUGGUACUUUUUAAGGUACCUCGAAACCGUACCUUGCUGUUGUCUCAAAUUUGGCCAUCGUUAAUAAUCCUAACACUGCCAUCUUCAGAUUUUGCCAUCGUUAGUGUUGUGCCAAUACAGAUAUCAAGUAGGAAACCGCUUGUUUUGUUUAGUUUCAGCACCGUUGCUAGAGUUGCGGCUGUUUCUUUGCAUUUUUGUUUGGUUUAUGUAAAUACAAUCUGUUUUAUUUUCUUUUCAGUGCUGUUGCCAAUGUAAUCAGUCACUUUGUCUGUAUCAUGCAUUUAAAAAAAUUGUACAAUAGUGACAAAUUCUGAAGGUGUCACAUUCAAGGUGUACCUUUACCCAGAAUUAAUUUUUUUAAGUCAUCGAUGUUUAAACAGAUCUUUUGUACCACAUUUUGUCUUAAUGACUCAACGCAGACGGUUACGACAGAAGAUGAAAAACAUGGAUUAAUCGGUCGAAUGGAAAAACGAACGUGCUGUGCAGCCUACAGCCGAGUGUAGCAUAAACGUUUUGCGUAAUUUCUACUUCUCACUGUUAAUCUGAGUGAAAAUCUCGAUAGCUUUUAAUCAUGGCAGACCUCCACCAUGGCUCGGUGUAAUGGUAUCGUGAUUAAUUCCUCGCUCAGUAGCUCCUGUGAUGUGAAGUACUGUGCUUGAGAACUCAUUCAUGUCUUUUUAGGCCGCAUUUACCGAACGGCAGUAGAUACACUCGCUAACCUUUUGACCUGUUUGACCCUUGUGUCUUUCCUGCAUGUGCAGGAUCAUGUGCAGUAUUGUAUGUGCUGUAUUUAUACCCUCGCGGCUCAGCCUCAUCAUGACGUUCACGUAUUUUCCUAAUCAUGAAUCGCUAGUCCACAAUGUUCAACUCAAAUACAAUCUUAAAAGUAAAGGCGAGUAAAGAAAGUUAUGCUGCAGAAGAACCACUGUCGGUUAUGUUGUUUUAGAUAGAUCGAUAAAUCAGGACAAAAUUAUAAAUAAAUAUUCUCAUAUUAUUAAAAACCAGAGGUAUUUCACUGUCUAGUGGUCAGUAUAUUAUGGGCAGUUCCUAUUUCUACCAGAGGGAGUGACAAUGCUUUCGUCACAACAACUAAACCUAUAGCUACAAUUAAGAAAGAAAAGUACAAGCACGAUUGAAAUCAUGUAGCAAUAUUAUGAAUUUAUCAAUAAUUAUCGAUAAAUUAGUAUUGAUAAGGCAUGAAGUGGUCACAGCUUUGCAUUUAGUAAAUGAGAUGUAAGUGGGAAGAACCUCGUUAAAGGACAAAAUAAUCAAUAAAUAUCAAUAUUUUUUGAACUGCAGGUAUUUUACGGUUUAGUGUCCAGUAUAUCACAGGCAGUUCCCAUUUCCACCAGAGGGGGCGACAAAGCCUUCAAAGGAAAUAAAAUUAAGAAAGAAAAGUACUUAAAUUCAAACAAUAAAUUUUACCUAGUGAUUUUACUCAAUUUAUCAAUAUUUAAUAAUAAAUCAAUAAAUGGUCCCAGUUUUAAGUUUUGCAAAUGACAUCUAAGUGUGAUGAACGUCAUUAAAGGACAAAAAUAUCAAUAUCGAAAUUUAAUUCAAAACCACAUUUAUUAUUCAGUACAAUCAUGGGCAGUUCCCAUUUCCUCCAGAGGGGGGCGACUAACUAAACACUCAACUAAAAUUAAGAUAGAAAAACAUGGCCAAAAUUAAAAAUGUACCUGUCAGUUUUACUGGAUAUGUCAGUAAUUAUUGAUGAAUAUAUAAGUGGUCCCAGCUUUAGUUUUGUAAAUGAGUAACAUGAGUGUGAAGUUUAAAGAAUCUCCACAUUAAACCAACUGAAGGUUUCUCAUAGAACUGCACAGCCAAUCAGAAGCCUUUAUUUUUAAGAUUGUACGGCAUCAGUGUUCUUCACUGUAUCUGUGGGAGACAGAAGUGUUGCCAGUUCCAGUUUACUUGAAUCAUUUUUUUCUUUCCCUUUUCAUGGUGUUUUUAGUUUUGCGGCGGUUUAGUAUUGUAUGCGUCGUGUACUGAAAGUAUGUGUCCACUCUGAAGGUGUUUCACUGCCAAACUGAGGCUUUUGGGACGUCCACGGUGAACCACGUGCCGUUUUUCCAGCGUCCGGAUCUGCAUUGCGUUACAUUUUAAACUUGGAGCGCUGUCUCAUAAUGCACUUUUGUGUUGUUUUUGCUUUGUUUUUGGCCUUACUAUGCUCAGAUGCUAUGACAUACUAGAUUUUUUUUUCACAUCUUUUUUACUUUUUUUAUUAUUAUUUAGCACUUUUCUCCUCAAAAGACCAAUGUAUUGCUCAUGUAUGUUGAAUUCCAUGUGUGGUAAACGGUUUUGGCAGAAAAGAGUCCCAGUGAAGCAGUUGUAAGAAGUGCGCUCUCCAAAAAAACACAUUUCGUGUUUUAUUAUCUAUUUUAACACAUUUUGUAUUAAAAUGACACGUGGUGUUCAUGCCUAGAUGAAGGACGUGUUGUUUUGAGAGUGUGUUUUUUUUUUUGUUUGUUUGUUUGUUUUUUUUCUUUAUCCUUUCUGGUUCUGCUUCAGUAUCCCCGCAUGAAAUACUCCUUUUAUUUUUUUUAGCUUGUUUCGGCAAUUCCACUGGACGUUUACGUCCCGAUUUGUUGAUUAUUUUUGGACUGAUGCACAAAUGCCUUGUUUUGAUUCCACAGAUAGUCGUAGGAUUUGUAUGACUGUCACUUUAACUAAAAUUUCUUACUAUUUGUGCAGCGGCUCUGUUAUUAUUCAAUUGGUGGUUAUUAAUUUCAGGAGCCCUUUUCGUGUCCAUAUCAACUGUUUAAAAUUUUUGUAUUACCUCCUUAAAGCUGUUGAGAGUGUUAGUGCACUGUACUUCAUCAUUUCUUUUUGUUAAUUUUAUAUAAAUAUGUGAUUUAAAGUGUCAUAAACAUCUUGUGCUUAUUCACGCAUGGUGGUGCCUGUUCUUUAUGUUGCGAAAUUGCAUUUUUUAAUGAUCUCACCAGCUACAUAAAAGCUCAUUUGUGUUGAUGUUACAUUGAUCUCACAUUCCUUGGAAAAAAAAUAGACUGUUUUGCUAAAAAUCUUGCUACUGGACUUCUGUUUCGUGUAAAGCUUAAGUGUUAAUGUAAAGUUUUCACCUUCAAAGUAUACACUCCAACUAAAUAAAAGUAUCAUAAAUGAUAUUACUUGGGUAGAAUGAACGUCCUCUCCGAGUUUUAUAACGAUAUACUCAUGAAUAGAGAUUUUUCGGCUAUGUAAACUAGCCUGUGUUAUUGCAUUUAUGUACGAGAAUGAUGCUUGUCCAACCUGUACAUAGUAGAAGGCAAAGAACUCGACAUGUCAUUAUAUUGUAGUGUCUCAAGAAUGCCUGUAAAAUUCUGAAUGUUUGUGAACGUAGACACAUUUUUGUAAAAUUUCUUUUACUGUAUUUUUAUUUGACCAACUUUUGAGAUGUUUUUUCUUCAGAAUUCAUAAUUUAUUGAGAGUAUUUUAAGCGACAUUCCACAGAUUUACUCGGUUUCAGACUUGCCUGGUUUGACUUCAAUAAAACUGUACUGAAUGUUCA